AUGGACCGGGAUCCCGGGGGUAUCUUUCGCGGCGACAGUGAUGAGGAUGAAGGCAGCCUCGAUGAGAGAUUGGCGAACAAGGAGAUGGUUGUUUACCUCAUAGACGCCUCGCCCAAGAUGUUGGCGCUUGCCCAGCCGGAUAAAAAUCAGGAGACUCAUUUUCAUACCACAGUGAACCACAUCACGCAGUCCAUGAAGACACAGAAAAUCAAGAGGCCGCUUGACGAAGUUGCAAUAUGUUUCUUUAACACCAAAGAAAAGAGAAAUUUACAGGAUCUGGCUGGCGUAUAUGUUUACAAUGCCACAGAAAGAGAUUCUCUCGAUAGGCCUAAUGAAGGAUUGAUUACCGAGUUUUCUUGCAUAGAAGAUUCUUUUAUGAACAACAUUGGAAGUCAAUAUGGAAUGACCUCUGGAUCUAAGGAAAAUGCCCUGUACAAUGCUCUUUGGGUUGCACAGGCACUACUGUGCAAAGGAUCUCUGAGGACUCUGAGUAAGAGAAUUCUCAUAUUCACCAACCAGGAUGAUCCUUUUAUUGGCAUUACAGGAGCAGCAAAGACUGAUAUGAUUAGGAGAACGAUUCAAUAUGGAAAAGAUGCACGAGCUCUUGGCCUGUCUAUCGAACUUCCAUUGAGCAAGUCUGAUGAGAAUUUCAACAUGUCCCUGUUUUAUGCGGAUUUGAUUGGUCUGGACGAGGAUGAAAUAGUGCCAUAUAUGCCAUCUUCUGGAUGGCUGCUGACAACAAGAUGCAUUUCCUGA